CAAUUGCUUACCAUAAUCACCGGAGAGUUUGGGUGUGGAGAAACAUCAGACAUCAGUGAAGAGACUUCAUCUAGGGCGUUCUCUGAAGAAUGGCAAACAUCUCUGUUAAUACCACUCUCCUCAAUGAAAGUUUUAUUUUCAACUAUGACAGCUACCUUUCCUGGUAUGAGUAUCGAAGAAAAGUCGUCUUCAUCAUGCAUGUAGUGACAUGCAUCAUCAUCGGCAUCGGUCUCCCUUUGAUGGUCAUGGCCAUCUAUGCUCUGUACUCUCUGAUAGGGAAUGAUCAUGUUGCUCCAAUCUACAUCAUCAACCUCUUCAUAUCAGACCUCAUUCAGUUCUGCUGUAUGAUCUUUUUUGAGUCCAAACCUGUGGAAGAGAUGUUUAAUGACACUGGGGAUUUUUUUUACAAAUUUGGCCUAUUUACUAGUGUUGGCUUCAUGGUGUGUAUUUCACUGGAAAGAUAUUUGGUCAUCGUCCACCCAUUGUGGUACCGCUUCAGACGAACCAUCAGGAUCUCUGUGGUGGUCUGUGUUGUAGUCUGGAUCAUACCUCUUGUCAUUAUCCUCACUGUGUUCCCCUGGGUUACUUUGUCCGUCUCAGGAGUUAUCUUCUCCAUCUUCCUCAUCAUUCCCUUCCCACUGUUCAUAUUCUUCCUGGUUGGGACCCUCAGAGCCCUUUCUACUUCUGUCUCAGUCCCCUCUGAUGAAAAACGGAGAAUUGUGGCAAUCUUAGUCCUGGUGCUGCUGAUUUAUACUCUGCUGUACCUGCCCAGUAUUAUUUUACUCACUGGUGCCUAUGACGAGCAUCUAAAUGACCUGUCCUUUAUGUUUGUAAAGCUGAGUCCACUUGCAGACUUACUUAUGUAUGUUUUCAUCAAAAAAGAGACCUUUGGAAAGCUUUGGACCUCUGUGUGCUGUUGCAGAAAGGAGAACAGUGACACCAACAUCAACGCAAUCAAUCUACACAACAUUGAGACCAGUGGUUAAAAUUGGGUUACUGAGCUGUUUUCAGUGGCUCUGAGUGGAAACACACAUACAUUUUAUGUUACUUCAUUUACCAUGAUAGGGAGUGAAUUUAGGUUGUCUCCCAAAUAUUUCAACUAUUUAUCUC